GACUUCAGAGUUCAUCCACAGCUUCUGAUUAGGAAAGCAUUUCAAGUGUUUGACAUUAGUGACAUUGUCAGUGCACGUGUUAAUAUGGUCCAAAACAGAUGAUGUGUAAAUGUCCAUGUCUGUGUGAGAGUCCUGUGUGGCCUGUGAGGCAAACAUGUUCCAGUCAGUAUCCUGAAACUGUUGCCAUAGAGAAGAGAUGGCCCCCUCUGGUUUCACCCGUUUGAUCAGUGGUGUGUAUUUGGGUAGCAUGAACAAAGAGAGGUGAUCAGACGGACACAAGUGGGGGAGGGAAAUGGCUGUGUAUGCCCAAGGUAUGUUUGUGUAUACCUGGGGGGUAUUCCAGAAAGCAGGUUAUGUGACAUACCUGGGUAUGUUUAAGGGACAGUACAAUGGUUACUUGCUGGGGGACAGAGGAUACCCUUGUCUGCCCUAUUUAAUGACACCCUACCCUGAACCUGAGCCUGGACCACAGACACGGUUUAACCUGGCUCACAACCGAACACGGGCCAAGGUGGAGAUGACUAUAGGGAUCCUCAAAUCUCGGUUUCAGUGUCUGCGUGGGCUCCUUAGUUAGUCCAGAGAGGGCAUGCAACA